AAGCGACCAAACUUCGGCAAUUUUCAACAUAAUACUCCGACAGCAACCAUGGCUACUAUUGGCAUUGUCUCGAUUGGUGAAAUGGGUUUAGGGAUAGCUCUCUUGCUCAAGAACUACGGAUACCAGGUUGUGACCAAUGCGUCUGAAAGAAGCCAAAGUACCAGAGACCGUGCUCAGUCAGUAGGAGUUGAAUUGUUACCCGACUACGUGGAGUUGGUGCAGCGAUCCGAUUACAUCCUCUCCAUUGUUCCUCCACGUGAUGCUAUCAAAACCGCGGAAUUCAUCUCCACUGCUGCCAGCAAAUCCUCUCGCAGCGAGCCAGUCUACUAUCUAGAUCUGAACGCUGUCUCACCUCGCACCGCUCGUCAUGUUGCUACACUCUUUUCCUCCAACUCAAACAUCAAGUUUCUCGACGGUGGGAUUAUCGGAGGAGUUCCUCACCGCAAAGCUUCAGGAAAAUGGCAUUGUCCAUCACUUGUCAUUUCUGGUCCCACUCGUAUACCUUCCGAGGCACUCAAUCAACACCUUCGUAUCCAUCACUUGAACGAUUCAAUUGGUGCAGCAACAGGAUUGAAGAUAUGUUUUGGGAUGAACACAAAAGGCUUCACCGCACUGGCAAUCCAGUCAUUUACUACCGCCCAUAAACUCGGUGUCUUACCAGAGAUGAGAGAGUAUCUGAAGAGAGACUUUCCCGAAACUUUGAAGGCUGCCGAGGAGGGGCUGACGACCAUGCCGCCAAAAGCGUAUCGAUGGGUACAUGAGAUGCUCGAGAUGGCUGAUACAGCAGCUGAAGAUGGUGGUUUUGAGAAGAACUUAUUCGAAGGUGUUAGCGAAGUAUAUAGAGCUGUCGCUGAGGAUUCUGACUUAGGCCUGGAGAAGCCUGGAGCUAGAGUAAGAGGCAAGACUGUUGAAGAUGUUGUGACUUUGCUCAGCGAGGGAAUGACUGCCAAAAAGCUCAAACAGGAGUAGAAUGGAAGCUCUGAUGCAAUUGAAUCCUAUUUCUAUUCUGCAUCUGAACUGAGAUACUACAAAUAUGGAAAUAUUGAAAAUAUAGAAUAACAUUGUUUUGGAGCUUGUGAAGUUGCGGAACACAAUGAAGG